UGAGGUGAACCGCAGUGCUGAUAGAACAACAGCCGGUGUUUGAUAGUACCAUCAUCAUCCUCCCGUCAUCAUUCGUUCAGGCCCCUAGGACGAAUCGAAGAUCAAACGGAUUGCGGUUCUGUUUAGAGAACACAACCGUUGUGUGACCGUUUUUUUCGGUUUGGUCGCGGGCCCUCAUCAUCCACCAGUUGGUUGCCUACUUUAGCAGUAGAACUCUGGUACAACCCGGCGGCAGACAACGUUGCAAUUUCGUGAAGCAUCAUAAUUGAUUGGCGCGUGGUCUUUACCUGGUUCGGUUCUAUUUUGGGGUCGUGUUGAUAGGUCUUUGGGGACCAGAAGCAAGUGAAAAGUGUUUGUUACCUUUAGCCGCUCUCGUUGGUUUCCGUAAGCCAACACAGGAAGAACAUUUCUGAGAGACUUGGUGCGCUGGAAUUUGGGAUAAGUGUGAAACUUCUUUCUGCCUGACUCGUGAUACUAUUUGCCGCGCUACAGCUUUGCAUAUCUCCAUUUCCCGAGGAUUUCACCUGGAAUAAUCCCUCCCGAUUCCCUGGCAGCAGUUAAGCUAAGCAUCCCGCAAAAUCACCCACAUCGGAUCUAAAAUGAAACUAAUUGCUGCUAACCGUCGUAGCCGGCCAGCUGCAAGCAUCUAUGCCACAGUCUCGAUGCUGGCGAUGUUUGGGUGCAUGAUGCUGAUGCUGCUGGUUCACGUAUGCGAUGCAGAUCCUGCUCUAGAAACCAACGGCCUUUACGGGGGAGACGAUAAACAUAGCAACGACAAGCGGCCGUUCUUCGUGGGCAGCCGUUACGGUCGUUCGCACGUGUACGGCAAGGACCUCCGGCAGGUCAACGUGGUCCCGCGGAAUGAUCGAUUCUUUCUAGGAUCUCGCUACGGUAAACGGGCGGACCCACUGAACAAGGAAAUCGAAACCGACAACAAUAACGGAGCGGAACUGACCUAUCUGGCUUGUCUCCAUACCGGGGUGUCGAAUCUGUACCGAUGCUAUGGCAAGGAACGUGACUUCUCCCUUAGUGGACAAACAAUCCAGCAAAUGAGUGAUAGUUUGGAUUCGCCCGACCAGUAAGAUGGAAAAUGCUGCUGACCAUGAGGCUACCCACCAAGGAACAUGAUAAUGAAUAAUUUGACUGAUAAAAAAGAUGCCAAGGAACAAUACGAAUGGAAAUAAAGUGAGCGGAAGAAAGAAAGAGAGAGAUAGUUGAAAGCAAUGAAGUUUUACGUUUGACCCCUUGAAAAGACAACUUUGCAGCAAAACACGGCACCGUGAGCUUUGGUUCUGGUUUCGUCGAACGAAAAUUAAAUUGUUUGGAGCUGCAAGGAGCGAGUUAUUUACUACGUUUUUCCCAAAUUCCUGUUGAUUCUUUUUGCUUGAGUACCUACUUUGUGCUCCAGACAAUUACUAAGGCUGGGUGGUUUUUGUUUGACGAACUGCGGGCCGUGCCGCGUUUUCCUCCAGCAAAAUUGAUCAAAAAUUCAUUUCGAUGAGUAUUUUCGUUGUAUUUAUUAUCAACAAAAUGAGAAGAAGCAAAUAAAGCACAAACAAAUGCGUACUGACUGUGGUUAGCUUAGUUAUGUAUUGAAUAUGUACACGUUUAUGUAGCUGAUAUUUUUGAAAAUUGUUGCAAAUAAAUGAAAAAAAAAGAUUGGAAAGCUUACAUUGAAAACAAUUUCUAUACUACCUAGCGCACCCACACCUAAAAGUUGAAUGUGAUUGCACGAUUAAAAAUCAAAAAAGAAAAUUCAUCAUACCCUGUCUACAACAGUAAAAAAUAACGAGAUGUAAAUGAACGAUUUUAAGAAAUAAAACAAUGCUACCUGUAUCGGCACCGUUCUUGUGUAGGCAUAAGGAAACAACAAAACCAAACCGAGUGGCACCCCACGAAAUCAUGCAAGGUAACAACAAACCAAAAAAAAAAUCCACAAAGAAAUGUAAAUAAAAUUUAACGCUUC